AUGGCCCAUUACAAGACCGAGCAAGACUGGCUGAUCCUCUACCUGAAGUAUUUACUGUUUGUCUUUAACUUCUUCUUCUGGGCGGGCGGCGUCACCGUCACGGCCGUGGGCGUGUGGACGCUGCUGGAGAAGAGCGGCUACCUCGGCGUCCUGGCCUCCAGCACCUUCGCCGCCUCUGCCCACAUCCUCAUCUUCGCGGGCGCGCUCGUCAUGGCCACCGGCUUCCUGGGCUUUGGCGCCAUCGUCCGGGAGCAGAAGAGCUGCCUGUCCAUGUAUUUCUGCCUGUUGUUUGUCAUCUUCCUUGUUGAGCUGGUGGCGGGAGUCCUGGCCCACGUGUACUACCAGAGGCUGAGUGACGAGCUGAAGCAGCACUUGAACUGGACUCUGAUUGAGAACUACGGGCAGCCCAGAGCCACGGAGAUCACAGCCUCCGUAGACCGUCUACAGCAAGAUUUCAAGUGCUGCGGGAGCAAUAGCUCGGCUGACUGGCAGCACAGCACAUACAUCCUGUCGCAGGAGGCCGAGGGCCGCCGGGUGCCUGACAGCUGCUGCAAGACGGUGGUGGCUCGCUGCGGCCAGCGGGCCCACCCCUCCAACAUCUACAAGGUGGAGGGAGGCUGCCUCACCAAGCUGGAGCAGUUCCUGGCCAACCACCUGCUGCUCAUGGGGGUGGUGGGCAUCAGCGUGGCUUGCCUGCAGAUCUGCGGGAUGGUUCUCACCUGCUGCUUACACCGGAAGCUCCAGCGGCACUUUUACUAAUGACCAACCACGUCCCCUUCCAACUGCCCCUCUCAAAGACAGGUGACCACAUCCCAUCUGCCAGGCCUGCAGAGUCAGCACAGCUCAACUAGGGCCACAGGCUCCCUGUGCUCUGUGUCCAGCUCCUGCAAACCCACCAAGUGCCUGGACCCAAGCUCCUGCUGUUCCCACCCAGGCAGGGACCCUCGGCCCCCUCCCUGCAUUUCUGAAUGCUCCCUGCCAGAUCCUGGGCAGGGGAGUGGGACGCCCAUGGACUACAGAAGAGGGAGAGUUGGGCUCCUGAACCUGGACCAGAGGGAAGACCCAGCCCCUCUGGACUCUGGCACUCGGUGCACAGUUCCCUGUUGAUGCUCAGCAGCUCCGUCCUGCUCCCCACUCUGGGCAGGGCACUGAGGGCUGGCUCUUCCCCAGAAGACCUCGCCCGCCCUUUGGUAUGUCCACUCCGCACACUGUCUCUCCUGGAAGGCAAUAUCCUGUGGGCCUGUUCCUUCCUGCAGGGCUGGGUGGAGCUGCCGAGGCAGGGAGCAGAGGGUAAAUCAGCCACAGCAGCACGUGCUGCAGCAGGAACAGCCCUGCAGCCUUCCCGGGAGAGAUCCCCUGGGAGACUGGCCUCAAGCCCCAGCCUCUAGUAAUAUGCCCCCAGGCAUCUCCCCUUCCGAGGCCUGAUUCUCAGGAGCCAGGUUUUAAAAUCAUCUUCA